AUGCGGCAAAAAAAUGACCUUGAAUAUAGCGAGUUACUUUCUCGAUUACGUGUAGGUGCAUCAACUGGUAAUGACGUUAAAUUGUUAGAACUGCGAAAGGUCGUAAUUAAAUCCGAAUCCAAGUACGAUGGUCGAUUAAACGACAUAUAUAAUGAUGAUACACGUACUGCGGGAUUAGCGAAAGUUAUUGUGGUCAAAAUUGGAGCAAAGAUCAUGAUAAGACGGAAUGUUGAUGUAUCGUUAGGACUUGUUAACGGAGCCAUAGGUACUAUUGUAUCAAUAUCAAAGUCUAGUCACGCUUGUGAAGAUGUUAAUUCAAUAACUAUCAAAUUCAAUAAUAAAAAAGAGUACAUGAUACAACAAGUUAGUGCUAAAUUCCAAAUCAUGAAUGAUGCAUAUGUAAUUCGAAAGCAAUUUCUUAUAUGUUUAAGUUAUGGUAUAACAGUUCAUAAAAGUCAAGGAUUAAGUUUGAAAAAUGCCAUUAUUGAUGUGGGUAACAGAGUUUUUUGUACCGGGCAAACUUAUGUCGCAUUAUCUCGUGUUACAUCAUUAGAAGGCGUUCAUUUGCAAUUGGAGAAUAUAAUCGUUUGA